AGCGAACAGAGUAAAAAAUCUAUUCCCAAUUUUGCUCACGAAAAUCUAUUUAACAUUCACAUUAUGCAAAACCAAGUGCUGAGUAUCGAAAGUCCAUUACAGCAUAGUAUACCAUUAUCGAAAUGUAUUUCGCAUGAUGUGUUCCUCAAAUUGGAAAACGUGCAGCCGACAAACUCCUUCAAAAUAAGAGGAAUGACGCGGAUGUGCUCCAAGAGGAGAGAUGCCGGAUACAAAAAAUUUAUAUCAUUUUCGGGCGGCAACGCUGGUAUUUCGCUGGCAUACGUGGCCUCACAAAUGAAUAUUCCCUGUCAUAUUAUUGUACCUUCGUUUGUCUCUGAAAGAAUUACGAAUAGAAUGAAGUCAUUGGGAGCCGUUGUUGAAACAGCACCGGAUAGCAGACAAGCACAACUUGAAGCAAUUAGAUUGGCCGAUUCGAGUCCGAAUAUUCUUUAA